UACCUCUUUGAAUCUGUUGUUCCUUACAACCAAGGUCUUAAACCAAAGAUCUUCCCACAUAUAAUCCAUUUUAUCCAAGUAAACUCAAUGGCAAAGGUUCCUUCAGUAACCCUAAGCUCCAGCGGUGAUGAUAUUCUGACCAUGCCUAUCAUCGGCAUGGGAACAUCCUCGUACCCUCGGGCCGACCCAGAAACCGCAAAGGCUGCCAUUCUCGAAGCAAUCAGGGCAGGUUACCGACAUUUCGACACUGCCUCUGCUUACGGGUCGGAGUAUGAUCUGGGUGAAGCCAUAGCGGAGGCUCUCCGUCUUGAACUCAUCAAGUCUAGGGAUGAGCUCUUCAUCACAACCAAGCUUUGGGCCAGUUUUGCCGAGAAAGACCUUGUGCUUCCGUCCAUCAAAGCCAGUUUAAGGAAUCUUCAAUUAAAGUACAUUGACAUGUACAUUAUACACUGGCCAUUCAAAUUGGGGAAAGAGGUGAAAAGCAUGCCUGUUGAGAGAGAUCUGGUGCAGCCCCUUGAUCUCAAAUCUGUUUGGGAAGGAAUGGAAGAGUGCAAGAAACUUGGCCUUGCUAGAGGCAUUGGCGUCAGUAACUUCACUUGCAGUAUGCUGGAGGAGCUUCUUUCCUUUGCUAAGAUCCCUCCGGCCGUCAACCAUUUGGAAAUGAACCCUGCUUGGCAACUGAAGAAGUUGAGGGACUUCUGCAAGGCAAAGGGUAUUCAUAUCACGGCUUACUCUCCGCUGGGAGCAGCUAGGACCAAAUGGGGUGACGAUAGGGUUUUGGGAUCAGAUAUCAUCGAAGACAUUGCGGAAGCCAAAGGAAAGACGACUGCUCAGAUAUCGUUGAGAUGGGUGUAUGAACAAGGUGUGAGCAUAGUAACAAAAAGUUACAACAAAGAACGAAUGAGGCAGAACCUUGACAUCUUCAACUUUUGCUUGACUGAGGAGGAACUGGAGAAAAUGAGUCAUAUUCCACAGCGGAAAGGGGUUACCUUUGCCUCACUUCUUGGACCCCAUGAUAUCGUGAUGAAAAUUGACGCAGAAUUAUGAGCCAGUCUUGGUCAUUUGAUCAGGUCAUUUCAUAUUAGAUGUUUCUCAAAACUUUACCGCCGGGAUAUAUUUGCUGAUGAGUCACGGCAAAAAUAUACAAUAAAAUCUCUCUAUAAAGGAAUAAUAUGAGACCAGAUAAAUUAUUAUUUUAGCGCGAUUAUUAUAUUAUUUGAAUAAUUUAUUCAUUUAUUGAUAAAUUAAUAAAUUAUUAUUUUAUCAAAAGUUUUAUUGUUAAUUAUUUGGUAUGACUACUAUAUAUAUCUUUACCUAGGAUCCAUAUUUAUUCACUUUCUAAAUUUGGUAAAUUUUCAUGCCAACA